AUGACAGCCCCCGUAAACUCUACACGGACAAGAACCAAGAUCCCUUACUCGUGGCCCGUUCUGUCUCCAGCGGUUUCAGCCAUCCCAGCUGCAACCCCAGAACAAUUAUUCUACAGACUCCGUUAUAACUGCUCGGACAUUACCCGUUGCUCAGCUGGGAGAGCUCAGCCUGCAAGGAACAACGGUUCCCUGGUUUGGUGUCAGAAUCACAAGCAGUGUUCUAAGUGUCUGGAGCCGUGCAAGGACACCUGGGACCUACAGAAGGAGCAGUGCCACAGCCUCUGCGAGCCUCUGUUCCCCAAGAAGAACUACGAAUGCCUGACGAGCUGUGAGUUCCUCAAGUACAUCCUAGCGGUGAAGCAGGGGGACUGCCCGGCCCCCGAGAAAGCAAGCGGAUUUGCCGCCGCCUGUGUGGAAAGUUGUGAAGCUGACAACGAGUGCUCUGGGGUUAAGAAAUGUUGUUCCAAUGGGUGCGGACACACCUGCCAGGUGCCCAAGACGCUGUACAAAGGUGUCCCCCUGAAGCCCAGAAAAGAGUUAAGAUUCACAGAACUGCAGUCUGGACAGCUGGAGAUUAAGUGGUCCUCGAAAUUCAAUAUUUCCAUUGAGCCUGUGAUCUACGUGGUGCAAAGAAGAUGGAAUUAUGGAAUCCAUCCCAGUGAAGACGAUGCCACACACUGGCAGACGGUAGCCCAGACCACAGAUGAGCGGGUCCAGCUGACUGACAUACGACCCAGCAGGUGGUACCAGUUCCGAGUGGCAGGUGUCAACGUGCAUGGGACGCGAGGCUUCACCGCCCCCAGCAAACACUUCCGCUCUUCCAAAGAUCCCUCUGCACCCCCAGCGCCUGCCAAUCUCCGGCUUGCCAACUCCACCGUAAACAGCGACGGCACCGUGACCGUGGCCAUCGUCUGGGAUCUCCCUGAGGAACCAGACAUCCCCGUGCAUCACUACAAGGUAUUUUGGAGCUGGACAGUCAGCACCAAGUCACUUGUCCCAACAAAAAAGAAGCGGAGAAAGACUACGGAUGGGUCCCAGAAUUCGGUGAUCCUGGACAGACUGCAGCCAGACAGUGGCUACACCGUGGAGCUGCAGGCCAUCGCGUACUGGGGGCAGACGCGCCUGAAAGGAGCGAAGGCGUCCCUGCACUUCACGCCCGCACGCUCUGCCAGCCACAAAGAGCAAGUUGGGAAACCCAGGAAGAGUGUGGUGCACAUACAGCCAUCUUUCCAAAGACGACGGCCUGCUCGCCUCCUGGAAAUCGGAGCUCCCUUCUAUCAAGACAACCAGCUGCAGGUGAAGGUCUACUGGAAAAAGACUGAAGAUCUCAGCGUCGGCCGAUACCACGUGCAGUGGCUGCCGGAGGUCUGUGCCCACAACCGCAGUGCCGGAGCAGAGACCUCUUCUGGCAUCACCCAGGAAAAUCAUAUCAUUCUUCAGGAUCUGUCGUUUUCCUGCAAAUAUAAGGUGACCGUGCAGCCGAUUCGGCCCAAGGGCCGCUUGAAGGCAGAAACCGUUUUCUUCACGACUCCGCCGUGCUCUGCCCUGAAGGGGAAAAGCCACCGGCACAUGAGCUGUCCCGGCGAAGCAGGUCACGUGCCUGCCAAGGUGCUCGCCAAGCCCGAGAACCUUUCUGCCUCGUUUGUCGUCCAAGAUGUUAACAUCACGGGCCACUUUUCUUGGAAGAUGGCCAAGGCCAAUCUCUAUCAGCCCAUGACUGGCUUUCAGGUGACCUGGGCCGAGGUCACGACGGAGAGCAGACAGAACAGCUUGCCCAACAGCAUCAUCUCACAGUCGCAGAUACUGCCUUCCGAUCAUUACGUCCUAACAGUGCCCAAUCUGAGGCCAUCUACGCUGUACCGACUGGAAGUGCAGGUGCUGACCGCGGGAGGGGAAGGGCCGGCCACCAUCAAAACUUUCCGGACGCCCGACCUCACACUGCCCUCGGUGCACAGACCCCACCUCAAACAUCGGCAUCCUCAUCAUUACAAGGCUUCCCCAGAAAGAUACUAGACGGCUCCAAACGAUGUCUAAGAAGUGAAGGAAUGUGCCGGCGUGCCGAGCUGCCGGGCCGGCGCCCCACACAACUCCCUGCCCCCGUAACUCUGCGUCCGAGGAACCUCUGCUGAUCUCGGGCACCUCUGGAAACUAGCAACACACAGCCAGUGGGGACGGACCCAGCUUCCUGCGGGGACGGAGGAAAGGAAGGUGAGGCCCGUGACACUGGACGCCAAAAUAUCCACAUACGAGUCCCCGUCGAAUGACUGCAGAAGUGAGAUCUCCCUGCAUUUGGAGGAGCGCAUUCUCAACACAGUCCACACACGCACACGAAGCGUAACGCUAAACCAACAACACGUUUUUAGCGUAACGCUAAACCAACAAACGAUGGCUUUGAUUUGCAGAGUCACCUGAGAUGAUGCAGUUUUUAGGCCCUAUUUAUUCCGACCUUUCCUAAGAUGAUUUAUACCACGUGUAGUUUUUAACUGACAAAGGUUAACCUCAAAUACAGCAAUUAAUUUAAAUCUCCGCAUGUCCCUAAGCUACGUUCACACGAAGGCGAAUGAGCAUCGCGUCUGUCAACGGCGGUUUUCAAAAGCCAUCCAAAACAGGAGAGAUUCAGCCCAUCACGCUGCUGUCGAGAGUCUGCCUUGGAGAAAUGAAACUUCUUUCCUGGGGAUACUUUUUAACAUUUCAUCCUGCAAAAUGAGACAUUUUCCUGACAUGUUUUCUUCCCUUUUCCUUGUUUUCUUAAUGCAGAAAAGAGCUGCUGAUAGGCUUUGUCUUACCACUUCACGAACCUAAAAAUUUACAAAACGUCUUGCUCAAAAUGAAAGGAUCCCAACUACUGGGUAUCUUCCAGUCCUUACUAAGUUUUGCCUUUUCUUAAUCAAAGUAAGCUACUUGUAUGCUAGAAUAUUCCCUAUUCUCGGUCAUGUAGGAAACACGAGGCCAUGAUUGACAGAGGACGGCUAUUUAGUCUAUCAAAUCCAUUCUAUCGUACUGUUUGCCUCCAAACUACCCCUUUGUGGCAUGGACUCGGGUCAAGACAUAUCAACCAUAUGUGAUGUUGCAGUGCACCUUGGGGCAGCCUUACACCCAGAAGCGUUUAGUCGGAUAAAGUUUGCUCUUGAGGGAAUAUCCACAUUUAUGGUUUGAAACGCACAGAUAUGUGUACUUGUUUGUGUGUGUGUAUGUGUCUCAGGCACACACACAUCACAGACCUUGAGCAUGACUCACCCAAGAAAUGGUUUUCACAGCUACCGAAGGUGGAUAAAGACACAGUGCUUCUAGAGAAAAGGAUUAUAUAUUUUCCCCACCGGUGUUUCUUCUAUGAGGAAACAGCAAUGUGUCAGAAGUUAAACAUUUAAAGGGAAAGCCUUCCUCAUCCCACUAUGUACCUACGUAAACUGGGGAAGGUUUCGGUACCGUCUUCUUGGGUUUUGAUGGUGGGACUGGGUACUUACCGUGGUGUGGUUUCCUGAGAGCGUGCGGACGCCCUGACGGCUCCUGGAGGAGAGAACUCUGGACUUCUUCACUUUUGUGGCUUCUCCACAGUGUCAGGAAGCAAAUGCACUACAAAAUGGAGAGAGACUGUUUUUCCUGUCCUGUCGAUGCACAUCUUUAGGAAACACGGUCCAUACGCAUGGAUAUGCGGUGACAGAUACUGAAAACUGGUUCCUGUGUGGUAACGACUUUUAAAAGUCGACGACACAGGCAGUAUUUUGCAGCUUAGCACAAGUGACGCUCCUGGGGAAUCUCAGCAGGAAGCGCGUGUUGCUUCCUAAGUGUUUUCUGCAGCUCCCAACGGGGUCUGCGACACCCUUAGCACAACGUGGUGUGAGGUCACCUGGCUCCCAGAGUUUCGCAUUUGGAACGCACAGCACGGCAGACAGCCCUCCUUUCAAACAGCCCCGAGCUUGACCCAACACCACAGUAUCUUCCAGGAAGCUCUGACUCAUGCCAGUGCCCUUAGCAGCAGCUGAAUUUCAAAUUGUCAAAUUUCCGCAAAUGAAGAUGUCUAACAUUGGCUACAAGUUUGUUACUUUGUCACGAACAAACCCAAUAUUUGCGCCAGCAAAUUUUUGUAUGGUUGUAUAGUUCAAAAUGGAGGCGUGUAUACAUACAUACAAAACAUUAAAUUAUUAUAGAAGUUUAAUUUUAUAAAGUUUAAUUAUGUUUCUUUUAUCUGGGUAAGAGACGAUGAGCAAAUCUAUGUUUAGUUUGCAUGAACGUUCUGAAGCUUACAGCUCCCUUAGGAAAUCGAAAGCAGCUCCUAGGAGCAUCUAAUUCUGCAGUAACAUUCGUAACUUAAAUAUUAUUCACAUUUUCGGAAGACAAACGCUAUUGAUGGGGUGAUUAAGGAAACAUGAGUUUCUUCUAUGAAUUUCAAUCAUAUGCAAAUCGGCCAAAAUAUACAUUUUUUUUAAUUUUAAAAAUUUGAGUGCCCUAAUUAAGGGAUAUAACCUAUGGGUUGUUUUUUUUUU